CCUAAACCCAACUAAGUCAUUUCUUGUCAAAUUCCAAGUAUAUUAUGCAAAAUAAACCUGAUUCUGAUUAUAUAAGUUUAAAUACAACACAAAUCUGAUAUCAGAGAAGAUCUUGGCACAGCAUGCACAGUCAUACCAGAAGUUUAAGGUAACGUAAGAUUCACCCGCAGAAUGUCCCACGUCAUCAGGAUCAUGAAAUCAGACUAGCUUGGACGAAGCAAAUCAAAGUUGUGUCUUAUUGUUGGUUCAGACUGUUGGAGUCGGGAACAUCUACAUCGUCCUAUCUUAACCUCCACACACCCAGAGCCUCCUCACAUCAGAGUACAACGUACCAACCAGAUGACACAAUAACACAUUUAUGAGGACAUUCAAACGUCUUCAUGUCUAACAACUCUCUCCACGACAGUUCUGCAACUAAAAUACAGAACAAAGAAAAACAGGUCGUCAGAAAGUCAAAGCAGGCCGGAGCCACAGUCCUCUGACAUUUGACGUCUUACAGAAGAAGAAAGUACAUCAGCAGGAAGCUGUGGCCUCUAUGACAUACACUCAACCUUAGGUGUGAUACGAUACAGCCCCCCAGUCAGUCACUCACUCAGUCACCAUGGCGAUAACUACACUGUGCGCUCUCGUUGCUGCUCUGAGAGUCCUUCCCAACAGAUCCCAGUUCUUCCAGUACGAGUCCGUCUCUCUGAUUUGUGAGCAGCAAGGAGGAAACUCCUCCGAGUGGAGAGUGAAGAAGAACACAUCCAUAUAUAUAAAUGAAGAGUGUUUAAUAUCCUGGGAAAGAACGCAUGAAUCCCACUGCUUCAUCGAUGACCUUUACCCAUCAGACACUGGGGUGUACUGGUGUGAGUCUGCAGCAGGAGAGUGCAGCGACACCGUCAGCAUCACUGUGAACGCUGGCUCAGUGAUCCUGGAGAGUCCUGUCCUCCCUGUGAUGGAGGGAGACGAUGUGACUCUGAGCUGCAGGAACAAGACGACUUCCUCCAACCUCACAGCUGAUUUCUAUAAAGAUGGCCUCCUCAUCAGGAGCAGCUCCACAACAAACAUGACCAUCCAAAGUGUUUCCUGGUCUGAUGAAGGACUCUACAAGUGUAACAUCACUGGAGUUGGAGGAUCAACAGAGAGCUACCUGACUGUGAGAGGGCAUCCUGAGCCGCCCGAUUCCCCCCUCGCAUGCGUUCUACUUCCUGUGGUGGGCGUCUGCCUCUUGCUGGUCUCUGUGAUGCUGCUCUGCCUCUGGAGACGCCACAAAGGCGACCCUGACGUCCCGUACACCGAUGUCACCAUCACACAGGAAGUGCAGCCAAACAGGAUCAGAGACGUGGACGCUGAACCGACCUUCUACUCAACAGUCAAACCGGGAAACACCUGUCAGGAAACUACAAGACUAUAGUGUUGAACUGUGUACUUCAUCAUUUUGUUUUGUUUUAAAUGUGCUUUUAUAGGAAACACAGUGGAUUAAAGUUUAUUUUUUCUAAGCAGUGUGGCUGAAACAUUUGCACAAACCACUUCAAAUAGAAACUCUCAGUUACAUUACAAAACACAGAGUUCAGCGUCCGUUUCCCCUCGAUACCUUUUGAACCUGUCAGACCUGCCUGCACUCUCCUGAACUGUGUUAAGUGUUUUUAAGAUGACACUGAGUUUCAGUACGGAUAUUGAUAUGAUACGUUUUCAGUUCUCUACUUUGGUGAGAGACUGAAUACAAACCGAAUGUACAGAAGCCCUGAGAGGCAAGUGAGAAAAAAAAAAAACACCUGUGAUAAAUUUUCUACAUCUGAUCUUAACUGUUUUCUCAACGUGUUUAUGACUUAAGAACUGGUGAAAAAAACAACCCGGUCUCACAGGAAGGAGUCUAAAUACCACGACAUU